GGAAACUUGGUCAUCAGUAAAUAUUACAGGAUAACACUGUAAAACUUUAUCAAAAUAAAUUUUAUCCACAAUUUAACCAAAUAGCUUAGCGGUAACUUGCCUCAUUUCAGCAUUAGGUGACUUCGGUUCAAAUCUGAGGGAAAGCAUCAGUCUCUUCCAGAUUGCGGAUGUCCUGCUGAUGAUUGCCACCAAGCACGAGACCUAAUUCCAGAGUUUUCUACCAAUUGCUUCCAACUAUCCAUCAGACCUAACUUUCUUAUUAGUACAUUUUGCAUGUUAAUUGCCAAAUGAAACUAUAUUUUGUAAUCUGCAAAAUCAUAUCUAUUCUCAUUAUGGAUUCGAAGACAUCAUAUUCAGAUAAUAUUGAAGAAUUAUUAAAACAAUCAAAGGAUAACUUUAAUGCCUUCAAAAUUAUUCGAGAAAAGCUGACAAAACCGACGAUCUCUGUGGAGUACACAAAUUUCUUACAAACUCUAACUGAACACUUGCACGAAUUACCAUUGAAUUCUGUGAAAAAGUUAUUAUUCUCUAGCAUUGAUCCAAAUAACUGGAUGAUACUCAACAAUCCAACUGUUUCAGAGUGCAUGAUCAAUUUAUAUGUAACAAGUAUUUCAUAUUUUCCAAAUUUAACUUAUGAAAUAUGCGAAUAUUGUAUAAAUCAAGUAUUCUAUUUAAAAGAUUCUAUUGAACAAUUGAACGCCAUUGAUCAUUUAAACAAUUUAAACAGUAUCGCCAUCGACUUUUUCACUGGAUUAUCUCAAAAUAUAUCACAUUCAACGCCUAUUCUUGUUGAUUUGCUAAUUAAACGAUUUCCAAAUUGGCGUAAACCGGUUAGAGAAUUACUCUGGGCAACUUUUAGUAUUUUAUCAUUACUUUCAUGUCAAAAAGCUUCAAAACUAUUAAGUAAUACAGAUAAGUGUAAUGUAUUAUCAAUGAUUUUCACCGCGAUCAUUGAAUUAGAAUUAAAUCCUGAUGGUGUGACGCAUGAAAAUCUAUUACCGUUGUUCGAUGAAACUACUCCAAUGCAUGCAGUCUUACAAAAGUUCGACAAAACUGACCUUGAAGCGCAUUUAAACAAUUUGUUCAACGUCAUUCAAGGUUCAAUAGUUGAUGAUAAGAAUUGGUUGAAAAUUGAACUACUCUCUUGGCUACUUAUUUCGUAUAUCAGUAGUAUAUGUACAAAGGGGAAUGACGAUUCAACAUCAUCAUCGCCGUCGUCAACACCACAGUUUGAUUGGGAUUUAUUAUGUUCAAUAUUUCGACGAGCACGUGAUCUGUUUUCAGAGUAUAUUCUUCCUGUAAAUAUUCCACUGCUAGCAUAUCCAAUGAUAUGCUUUUAUAUGUGUAGUCUACGUGGUGGUUUAGUCAUUAGUUUUAUUGAUUUCUUGUGGAAUACCAUCAAAGAUGAACAUCGUGAUCAAGGUAGUCGUUUAAUGGCCUUAUCUUAUCUUUGUUUUAUUCUGGUGAAUGGGAAAUUUUGUUUUAUUGAUCUGGUAAUUGAAAUACUGCAUAAUAUGACAACAUGGUGUAUCGACUAUACGUAUAGACAUCGUCGACAGUUAAUGGUCGACGGUGGUGUAGUACAUUCAACAAUUCUAGUAACAGAGAAUAAACUCUACUAUGCUGUAUGCGAUGUAUUAAUCUAUAUAUUUGUUCAAUUGCAUAGUGAGUUGUUGCGUAAAGAACACUUGGAAAGUUGUAAUCGUCUACCGAUGGCACAGAUUAGUAUAUCACCAUUUAAACCGUUGUUGCAUACACCAAGGAGAUUACGUCAAACAUUUUUUCAAAUUAUUUCUGUUUAUCAUAUGAGUUGGUCUACAAUUGGUUUAACUCAAUCAAUCAAUGAUGAUGUGUUGAAGGAGAGCAAUGAGGCAGUUUUGGAUUGGAUGACUGUGGAAAGUAUUCGUUCAUUACAACCGAGUAAUAUAUUACAAAUGUCGGGUGGUUGUACUCUGUCACUUUCAUCAAUUGUUAUUAAUCGUUUGUUUCGUGAUAUUCGAUUAGGUGAACGUUUAAUUAGUAGUAAUAAUAGUAAUAAUAAUAAUAGCAAUGAGAAUGUACCAGAACAAGGUGAAAGCAACUCGAUUUAUGGUGUUCAGGAGAAAGUACCACUGAAGUCACCGAGAAAAAAUAAACGAAAAGCAUCAAGUGUUGAAGAUCUGGAAGUGGAGAGUACUACUACUACAAAUGGUGGGUUGAUUACAAAACAUUCAAAGAUUGAUGAAACUUCUACUUGAAUAAUCUGUAGAAGACUUUCUUAACAUUAUACCAUUUUGUAUAUACGUAUAUAUUUUAACAUAUUUAACACAGAGGGUUUUAGUUCAUUCCGUUUUUGCUUUAUACUUGUACAUAUCAGGUGGGUUUUUUUAAAAAAAUAUAUCAAAAAUAUAACAUUUUAAGAUUAA